CUCAUUCAUCACCUCCUAAGCACGCAACAAACACCAGCUCUCUCUCUCUCUCUCUCUCUCUUUCUGUGUCUUCUUUGAAUUGCGAUGAGCGAGACGAGUUCAUCGGCGCAUGACCCCGAGCCUCCUAUCCGGCUCAACCUGCCUCCCCUCUCACCGAGCCUCUUCGACGCGGAACCAUCGGAGCUUCAACAACCCAAUGGAUCCGCCGUCCGACACUCCUCUGAUCCCUCUAGCCCUACUAGCAGCGGUUACGCCGCCGAGAAGGGUAGCAGCACCGCCACAAUUGUCUCCCAGGUCGAAGAGGUCCUUCAUAACGAAAUUCAGGAGAUCACCAUCGACGAUCCCCAACCUCUCUCUCACUCCUCUCGGCUUCCCGGAAAACGACACAGCGAUGAGGAUGAUGCUUCCAUUUCAUGGAGGAGAAGGAAGAAGCAUUUUUUUGUUCUCAGUCAUUCUGGCAAACCAAUAUAUUCUAGGUACGGAGACGAACACAAGCUUGCUGGUUUUUCGGCAACUUUGCAAGCAAUCAUUUCCUUUGUGGAAAAUGGGGGUGAUCAUGUGAAAUUGGUGAGGGCCGGAAAGCAUCAGGUGGUUUUUCUUGUAAAAGGACCAAUUUACUUGGUCUGCAUCAGCUGCACGGAAGAACCCUACGAGUCACUAAGGGGACAGUUGGAGCUUUUUCAUGGCCAGAUUAUUGUUAUACUAACAAAGUCAGUAAACAGAUGUUUUGAGAAGAAUCCAAAGUUUGAUAUGACACCCUUGCUUGGUGGAACAGACCUUGUUUUCUCUUCACUAGUCCACUCUUUUAGUUGGAACCCGGCUACAUUUCUUCAUGCCUAUACUUGUCUGCCUCUUGCAUAUGCAACAAGGCAAGCUGCUAGUGCCAUCUUGCAAGACGUUAUUGAUUCUGGUGUUCUGUUUGCAAUUCUGAUGUGCAGACAUAAGGUAAUCAGUCUAGUUGGUGCUCAGAAAGCCUCUCUUCAUCCAGAUGAUAUGCUGCUCUUGACCAACUUUGUUAUGUCAUCUGAGUCCUUUAGGACUUCAGAAGCAUUUUCUCCUGUUUGCUUGCCACGAUACAAUGCUUUGGCAUUUUUGUACGCUUAUAUCCACUUUUUUUAUGAUGAUACGUAUUUGAUGUUGCUGACCACGAGUUCUGAUGCAUUUUACCAUCUUAAGGAUUGUAGGAUUAGUAUUGAAACUGUCCUUGUGAAGUCAAAUGUCCUCAGUGAAGCUCAGAGAUCCUUGGUAGAUGGUGGGAUGCGUGUGGAGGAUCUUCCUCCCUUACCUUAUUCAGGAUCUUCACGUUUAGGUCAGCAUAGGCUUCCAUCAGAUUCUCCUGAAAGAUUAAGAGAACCUGAUUGUGGCAUUGGUGGUGCUGCUGGGUUGUGGCAUUUCAUAUAUCGUAGCAUUUAUCUAGAUCAAUAUAUAUCCUCAGAGUUCUCAUCGCCUAUCAAUACUCCUAAGCAGCAGAAAAGAUUGUAUAGAGCUUACCAAAAACUUUUUGCAUCCAUGCAUGAUAAAGGACUUGGGCCACACAAAACCCAGUUUAGAAGGGAUGAAAACUACGUACUGCUUUGUUGGGUAACACAGGAUUUUGAGCUUUAUGCUGCAUUUGAUCCCCUUGCAGACAAGGCCUUGGCAAUAAAGACUUGCAAUCGGGUGUGUCAAUGGGUAAAAGAUGUGGAAAAUGAAAUAUUUUUGCUAGGAGUUAGUCCCUUUUCGUGGUGAUUUUCUAUCAAAUACUGUAAACGUGUAUGAGAAUGUUCGUUUAAUAAAAGUUCUAUAGAAUUUAUUA